CUCACGUUGAGCUCCUGUGUUAUGGUGCACAGAGAGAGCUUGAAACUCUGGGCAUUGUUGAUUUUAACCGGCUGGCAUAGACGGAAAGGAGGAGAAUCAGGAGAGACAUGAAUCAGCAAAGAGUCCUGCAGAGAUGUUAGCAUGUUGUGGAGCUUGCAGGGGGUCCUCUGGUGUUCACCGUCCGAGGCAGCCUGGAACCUCACACCUCCUCUCCCUCCGCCACCUCCUCUCCAAGCCCGGCUUUAACAGCUCCGGCACAGAGCCCACAGUCUACUCUUGCUUCAAGCCUGCCACCAAGUGCUGAAGAAUAUGAACUACGACCUGAUACUUACCUCCUUCUUUACCUAAAGGACUGUCCCCGGGCUCGGAAAGAACUAGAGAAAGAACUUGCCUCUGCGGCCUGCUCUGCUCAGUUUUACCCAGAGGAGGAGAGGGUUUUAGUCAGGAGUUUAGCGCAACCUGGUGCUGUAGAUGAAGGUAGAAAUUGGAAAGCUGAGGUAGACAAACUCUUUGAUGGCUACCUGUGCCACUAUGAGGUGAACCCUCACAAAGUUAAAGCUUUGCUUCAGUCCUGCAACUCUCGUCAGACCACAGAUGAGGUGAAAGUGUACAGUGAGGUCGGGAUGGCUGUUGUGGUUGGGAAACAUUCUCAGGUGAAUGCCAGGUUGAUGGAUGUAGCGGAUGCGACUGUUAAACAUCGAGGGUCACGUAUAAGUGAGAAGCAAACCAGCAUUCGUCGACUGGGGGAGGCCAAACUCCGCCUCCUCUGGAAAGAGAUUGAGCGUAGUUUGGGAAGAAAUUUUCCAGGAGUUAAGGUCACACAGGGAGAUGCAGGUCAGGUAGUUUUGGAAGGUUCUGUGGAGGAUAUUCUUGAGGCUGGAGACUGGAUCUCUGAUAAGGAGAAUAUGGUGUUAGAAAAGACAGUUGCGAACAUGAGCCCACAUCUUUUGGCCUUCCUAAGUAAGGCUUAUGGAGCAUCAAGGGUGCUAGGUGACUUUUUAGGGGUUGGGGACGAGGUGGAAAUAGAGUUACGAGACGUAGAGCUACGUUUUUUCUCCCUCUCUGCUGAUAAACUGGAUGACACAGCAAAAAAAAUGCAAGAAAAGUUUAAGGAAGUGAACAUUGAUGUUCCUAACUUCUCUGCUUUGUCAUUUGAGCUUUGGAAAAAGCUUAACUCUAAGACAAACGAAAUGAACCAAGGACACCUUAGGGCUCAGGUCAUGUUUGGCUCAGACAGUAUGUUUUGCUUACUGGGCCACACCAAAGAGGUUGAAGAGCUGAGUGAAACUGUCACACAGUUUAUUUUGCAAAGGACAGUCCGUCUCCCUUUCCCAGAGUUAGCACAAGAGUUACCAGAAUUUUUGCAGCUGCAUGGUUUUGACUAUUCAGGGGUUACCAUCCAUCCUUUAACCUCUUCCUCUGGUCCCAUGGUGGUGCUGGAAGGUCCAUCCAGCAAGGUCACUGAGGUCAGAAACAGGCUGGGUCCGUUUCUAGACUCCGUUGUUCAGGGCAGAAUUGCCACCACUGACCUAUUGCCAUCUUUGAGUUUGAAUGAAGGAAACACAAUAGUUGCCAGCUACAGCCUUUGUGAUGGGCUACAGGUCCUGGUGUGUCAGGGUGACAUCACCAAACAGGAUGCUGAUGCCCUGGUUAAUGCUGCAAAUGAAAAUCUGAACCACGUUGGAGGUGUUGCUGCUGCACUGAGUGAAGCAGGCGGUCCUGAAGUACAAAUGGAGAGCUAUAGUGUAGUAAAGAGUAAAGGGAAAAUUCCUACAGGAGGUGUGGUAGUGACCACAGGGGGGAACCUAAAGUGCAAAAAACUGCUGCAUGCUGUUGGACCUGUUGCUGGGAAAGCGGGCGGCAGGGAAAGGGUCUUACUGGAAAGAACUGUACAUUCUACUCUGACUGUGUCAGAAAUCAUGAAGUUCAAGUCCAUAGCCAUUCCCUGCAUCAGCUCAGGUGUGUUUGGUGUUCCUGUCACUGUGUGUUCGGAGGCUAUUGUAACUGCUGUAAAAGAGUUUGGUAGUCAGGGAGGGCGAAGUCUGAGCAGAAUCAUCCUGAUUGAUAACAGAGGAGAGGUGGUGAGGGCCAUGCAGGAAGCAUGUGACAGGCUUCUCCAAGGGAUAAAUACUGGAAACAGUACGCCAAGUGGGAUCACCACAGGACACAUUACAGGGGGUAUUGGCUUCCAAGUGGAUGCUGCCUCUCAAGACACAGCAAGAGGGGCCACUGGCGGAGCUCCCGGAGAUGGUGUCCAUGUUGAGAUUGUUCAGGGAACCAUCGAGAACCAGCAGGUGGACGCCCUGGUAUCUCCUAUGGUUGGCCAUAAUCCUUGGUCUACCCGUAUUGGAAACACUUUGUACAAAAUGGUUGGAUCCCAGCUGACUGCUAGGUUUAGAGAGGAAGUAGGAGAAGAAACGCUGCCUGGUGAUGCAGUUCUGGUGGAGGGCUUGCCUGGACUUCCAUCUAGUGCAGUGUUGUUCCUCAACCUCGUUCCCUGGGAUGAUGACCAAGAUGGAACAGCAGUCCAGGUUCUGAGACUGGGCAUCAACAAAAUCCUAACUUCCUGCGAGAAUAGAGGGCUUGGAUCUGUUGCUCUCCCUGUACUCGGGGCCGGGGUUGCCCUGUGUUUUCCUCCCAGCGUGGUAGCCAGGGUUCUACUGGAGGAAGUUCAUGCAUUUAAACAGAGCCGAGCCAGUAGAACGCCAUUCCUAAUCCAAAUAGUCAUCCACCCCAAUGACACAGAGUCUAAUGAGGUCUUCAGAGGAAUCACAAAAGGCAUUCACCAACCAGACCAAGUGUCGACUACAAAGAGGAUCGUCCUGCUGGGAAAAACUGGAUCUGGGAAAAGCGGCCUAGCUAACACCCUAUUUGGAGAGGAGGAACUGUUCACCACAAAUCAUUCACCCAACUCUGGAACAAGUAAAUGUCAAACAGAAACCAGACUUGUAAACGGAAGAAGCAUAACUUUGAUCGACACUCCUGGUUUUUUUGAUGCAGACCGGUCUGAGGAGGAGAUGAAGCCUGAGAUAGUGAGCUGUAUCACAGAGUGCGCUCCUGGGCCUAAUGCUUUUCUCAUCAUGCUUAAAGUGGAGAAAUUCACAGAGCAGGAGCAGGCCGUCAUCCGCAAAAUAUGCCAAUAUUUCUCAGAAGAUGCUCUGAAAUAUGCUGUAAUUGUCUUCACUCAUGGUGAACAGCUCCCUGAAGGACUGAAGAUUGACGAGUUUGUCGAUCAGAAUAAGAAUCUGAGUGAUCUGGUGAAGAAGUGCGGCGGCCGGUGCCACGUCUUUGAUAAUAAAUACUGGAAGAACAAACAGCAGGAUGACUACAGGAGCAACCAGUUCCAGGUAGAGGACCUUCUGAACACGAUAGACAAGGUGGUGAUGCAAAAUAAUGGAGGCUACUACACCAAUAAGAUGCUGCAGGUGGUGGAGAACGAAAUAAAGAUGGAGGAAAAGCAGAUAAAACAGUCGUCAGGAAACAUGCCACCGGAAGAGAUCAGGCAACGGGCUAAAACCAAUGUGUCUAAAAAGUUUUUGAUCCAACUGGCAGGAACUGCAACAGGAGCAUUAUUAGGAGCUCUUCUUGGUGUGGUAGGGAUGGUCAAAUUAGUUACCAGCAUUUUGCCAAACUCUCUGAAGAACCCUGCAGAUUUAAUGAAACUUGUGAAAAGCGUUCCAAAAGUAGGAGGAGCAGCAGUAGUAGUAGGAGCAGGACAAGCAGAAGUAGUAGCUGCUGGGGCAAUGGUAGGCACUGUAGCAUUCAUGGGUAUAGGAGGAGUAAUGGGCGGUAUUAUUGGACUUGAGGCGACUGAGGGAGCAGAAACACCAUUGGAGGCAGCAGAGAGGGCAGCUAAAGCUGUCAAAGAUAAUAUAAAGUGGUAGUAACUGAUUUUUUUUUUUUUUUUUAGCCACUUGGAGGCAGGGGAACAGCCUGAAAACAUAUAAGUAUCACAUAUUAUUACUUUGUUAUUGAGUUGUUAUGCUGCAGUACCUAUUUACACAUCUAGCAGACACUGAGCAACAUUAGCAUUCAUUUGGAGUCGUGUUUCUGGCCCCCUGGUAAAUCUUUAUUCGAUAUACGCUCUCCUUUUAGCUCCGUUUCUGUUUCCAGCGUCUACGGAGGAGAGAAGUCUGCUCCAUAGCUGCUAAAUGCUCCACUAUGUUCCCCAGCUAGUCGCUAACUUUGUCUGUCUGUGUGCUGGGCUGGUAGCUCACGGUAAGUUUGUCAGAGCUUUUUGCUGAAAACGGCAGCCCGCUGAGGCAAGAAACGGGGUUGACGAGCGUUUGCGGGCCAGAAAACCUAAACAAUGAACUUAGAGCGGCUCAAAAGGCUCCAUAGAGGUGAAGGGAGCUGCGCAGUUGGGUGAUAAUUUCUAUGUGGGUUUGACACUCUGAGCGACAAGAUUAGCAUCACACAUGCACAGCUGAUGCAUUGUUAAUAAUAAAAAAUGAUAAGUGCCGUUUUUAACUAAAGGGAAGAAUGUUUGAGCUACAAAUUACAACAGAAUGAAAACAAGAUAAACAGUCACUCUGGAAAUGGUGGAGGGAAAUGUUCAUUCUUAAAAGUCAAAAGUUUGUUAUUAUUCUUUUGUAAACGACUUGUAAAUUUGUAAUUAUCAUAAUUAAGUUUGGUAAUGCCAUCCUUAAAAACUGAGAAUGUAUAAAGAAAAUGUAGCUGUAAGUUGUAAGUAAGACUUGAUAUGCAUGUGCUUCAAACUUUGUGAGGACAUUUUUAGACUGUGAUUCGCUAAGAAUAAAUUUCAUGUGGUUAAUUAUCUUUAAUUAUCUGACAGUUAUUGAUUCAAAGUGUACUGUAACUUCAAGGUGCUACUUUUUCAACCACUGAUCUCUUUCUCUAUAUCA